GGAGGGCGGCGAGGGAGAGGAGGCGGCGGAGCGCUGGGAUGACGAGGAUGGAGUGCCUUCGACGGCGGAGGUACGUACCUCCAAGGCGUACCAACGCAGCAUGGGCGAUUUCUACUCGGAGCCGCCCCGCGGCAGCACCCGCGGCGGUAGCAACCGUGGCGAUCGCGCACCCAGGCGUCGUGACGGCGACGACGACGACGCGGAGUUUGACGGUACGGCAGACGAGGAGGCUUGGCGGGGCCAGGGGGGCCGCGGAGGUCGUGGCAGCGACCGCGAUGGCGGCCGCGGCGGGUCGCGUCGUUUCGACUCGCCGACGCGUGACAUGGGUGCCGGCGGCGGACGGGGCCGUGGCGGGGAUCUGGAUUGGGACGAGUGGGAGG